GAGUUACAUGUUUUUAGCUGAUGAUGUUGGGGAUGUGGUUUUAGAUUAUGAAGGUGGUGAUGUUUUUUUAAUUGGUCCUACACGAAAAGGCAAAGGCCCGACAUGUCAAAACUGCUGCUUUUGGGGGCUAAUCACUACAGGAGGCUGCAACCCUUGCCCUCCUUUUAAAUAUAGCUUUUUCAUCUUCAAAACAAAGUAGUACCCGGAAGAAAAAUAUCUGGUCCUUUGAAAUGCUUACAGCUUUGAACAACCCCAAAAAAAUUCUGCCCAUGGUGUAUAACCCCUUCAUAAGUUCUUCUAAACACAACUAUUAUAUCAAUCUCUUUACCCGAAGGGCAUACAAAACCAUUCCAUGUCAUAUCAGAACAAAGGCCUUUUUAUGUAGACUCUUUCCCCCGCAGGUACUGAAGAUCAUCUGGAGUAUCAUGUUCAUGAGUGUGGAGACAUCUUAAACCAUCAGCAUGAAGCUACCGGCAGACUCAACCGACGCUAAACACAUUAUGGAGCAUGUCUUUGCACAGGUGUCGGAAUUCAAGAAACUCAACCAAGCGACUGGAGUGCGUCCAUACACAGGGAACGUUGGAGCAGAUGAUGUUGAUGGUGUAGACAUGGCUUACAGGGUAGUGGCUGAUCAUAUUCGCACAUUGACCAUAGCUCUCUUGGACGGAAGCUGGCCAGAUAAUGUUGGAAGAGGAGCGUAUCAAGCACUCAACUUCAAGCAUGAAAAUCUGUCGCUGAUUCAACCCCGAUUCGUGGCGCCCCUGCCUCCUCUUCAACCAGCGGUACUGAAGAUCAUCUGGAGUAUCAUGUUCAUGAGUGUGGAGACAUCUUAAACCAUCAGCAUGAAGCUACCGGCAGACUCAACCGACGCUAAACACAUUAUGGAGCAUGUCUUUGCACAGGUGUCGGAAUUCAAGAAACUCGACCAAGCGACUGGAGUGCGUCUAUACACAGGGAACGUUGGAGCAGAUGAUGUUGAUGGUGUAGACAUGGCUUACAGGGUAGUGGCUGAUCAUAUUUGCACAUUGACCAUAGUUCUCUUGGACGGAAGCUGGCCAGAUAAUGUUGGAAGAGGGUCAUGAAAUUGUACACAACUUUGUGAGAUAUGCAACUUUGCGUGAACAACAAGCACUCCCCCCUAAACACAGGAAGGUUGUCCGCCGAAACUCCAGGCCUGGCAUUAGGCCUCUGCCUGGUAUGACUCUGACUGUGAAGCAGAUAGAUCUUAUAUCAAUUAGUCUACUUGUUAGAUGCCAAAAAGCAUAAUUGCAAUAAGCCAUAAGAAAAUUCAUGCAAAGGACCUGGAAAAUCUGCAGAAAUAAACCCUAGGACUACUCUGACCAACGGAGGUUGGUGGUUUGGCAGUUGAAGGCUCAAGAAACUUGCUGACCAUCCUGGGUACAACCCCAACAGUCAAUGCCUCUAGCUACGA